AUGCUGAGCGACGUCGAGGUCCACACACGCUCUCGUAUUCACAUAAAAAAAGAGACGCACCAACAAACGUCAACGGCAGUGAUCUUGGCAGCAGCAGCAGCAGCAGCAGCAGUAGCAGCAGUCGCAGCAGUCGCAGCAGUCGCAGCAGUCGCAGCAGUCGCAGCAUUGCCCCCGGGUUAUGACAUCAGCCUGGACGUCUCCCAGUUUAUGCGGGUGACACUGCACACAGCAGCAGUGACACCGCUGCUCCGACGGCUGUACCCAAGGAAGGAGCUGCUGCCAACUCAAACGACGGCUCGGCGAUGGCGGCUGCCUUGCACUGGAUCACAGCAAAUUCAAUCCUUGUUUGGCAUGAUCGCCGGUGAUGGGCGUGGUGCCAAUUUGGCCCCCCAUGCGUCCAACCAGAAGCAUUCCACCAGCAAGCUGCCUGAGGAUGCCGCUACCAAGGCUGCAGCCGCUGGUAUUCGAACAGAACGAGUUACGAUUGCUUCCCACAACGGCGCACCUGUGGUGGCAGUAGCCACGGCGGAGAUGCGACAACAUCUCGAGUUUGAACCCGAAGAUAUGCUAGUGGAGGAUCUGCGACAAGAGUGCCGUGGGCGCAAGCUGGCAACUAGUGGACCGAAGAACGUGCUGGUGCGCCGCUUGCGUGCAGCCGUGACCCAGGACCCAAGCCUGCCACGCCAUCGCAUGUCUGAUGAUAACAAGAAGGCCAAGCGCAAUCUGAACAAGCGUGAGCCCCAACGCGAUGAGUUUGAUACCGAAGACGAGUACCAGGAUGCUUGGCAACGAUGGCGUGCCAUUCGUGACCACAAUAACGAAUCUGUGAAACGCUCUCGUGAAAACGCCCGGCAUCGGAAGCAUCAGCACGAGGCUGCCUGUCGGGAGCGCGAACGCGAAAACUCGCAGCUUGCCACGGAGGUGGACCGUCUCAAAGACCAGGUGGUUCUGUUGACCAAGGUGCUGAAGACACCCGAAGCCUUGAGCAUGACCGACCGCGAACAAAUUGGCGCGCUCAUGUCAGGGCUGGGCCCCUACCCCGGAGAAGGCCUGACUUCCACGGCCGGUUCCAGCAACCCAAAUGCCAGUGUCAUGUCAGGCGCGGCACUGGCCAGUCAAGGCUUCCUGCAGUCCAUUGCCGGUCGGGUCCCCGUGCUGCCUCCAACCAACGCGCUCUUGCUUUUGCUUUUGCACGCGAUCUGCCAUGCGCGGGGGAGCACCACCACUCGGAUCACCGGCACAUCACAUUCAAUAUCAACCGUCUGUUCGCAUGCUGGUCCAGGUGCGCGCGACACGGCUGAUGGCUGGACGACUCUGAAGGAAUCAACGCUGCGCGUGAUCCAUGGCCGACGCAAGCGACAGAAUAGCCGGGUCGUUCCGCUGACCAACCCCCCCGGCGCAUUUAUGAUCUCAUUGGCUGACAAGCGGGUCAUCACACUGCAACCCCUUUCAGAGGAUCCAUCUGAUGGCGCCGAUUGGGUGGGCGCUCUACAGCUGGCCAUUACGCUGCCCAACGUGAACCGCCGCCGCGUAGAGUCAAUCAGCCAAAAAGCAAAAAAUUCCAUGCGCAUCCUCAAGCGACACAACACUGAUCGGCUCAAUGCGCAAGCCGCCUCAACUCUUUCAAAUGUGCAAGAGGACGAGCCGUCCAUCCUGGGCGCGGCGUUGGCCUCAACCAACCUUGCCGACUCCGCAUCUAGCCCAGACGUUCCUCAGCCAUCCAAUGAUGCUGAAACGGCACACACAAAUGAACCUGUCGGCGCAGACGACUCUGCUCUCAGCGAUGGCGCCGAGAAUGACGCAGAGGCUCUUGCAGGCAAUCCAGUGGAGCUGAAUGAAGAAACUAUGGAUCAACUUGAUCUCUUUGGAGGCGAGCAGGAUGAUCUCAACGUUCUCGAUCUGAGUCAAUCUGCAUUUCAGCACUGCUCGCCAACGAUGCGAGAGUCUUAUGUCACUUGCCUCAUCUCUCGCCUCGAUGAUAUGGAGCAGCAGUACAAAACGCGCUUUGAUCGUCAGCUGAGCCGGCUGCGCGAGUCUCCUGACGUGCAAGCUCUGCGGGAUCGCUUGGCACUGGGCUACCUACUGCCCACAGACAACACCUACCGCGAUCAAAUCCAUCUCUUUCUCAGCUCAACCUUUAUGGAGUGCCUGGAGCGCUCGCUAGGUCCGGCCAUGGUUUUCCUGCGCACACAGCGCCGCGGUUGGAACCCCUUGCCCUCACGGAUCAGUGAAGGCGAUAUGCAAGACCUGCUAUCUAAGGCUACUCAGUCCGAGGCUGAGAUUCUCACGCACCUGUAUCGGCAAGACGCCAACGCGAUGCAACACCCCAGCGAUUACAUCGGCAGCCCGCUUGCGGCGGACGAACAAUGGGACGUGGUCAUGGCUCAGUUGCAAAGCGUGCGCUCCAUCCUUCUCGCGCAUCGCCCCGACCUGCUGCAAGCCACCCUGACACAAAUGGAGCUUCAAGCAGCCUUGGCGACCGCACGCCGUUCGGAGGUGCAAAUUUUGGCUUACCGUCGAGAGCUGUCCGUGAGCCUUUAUGCUCAGGCCCUUUCAGCGCCGUUCACCGAUUCCCAGGAAUGGGAACCCCUCCUGGAGGCCGGCGCCAAGGAUCCCAUCAACACCAUCGACCAGCUAUUGGAAGAGCAUGGGCUGACGAGCAAAACCUACCUUGUCAACGGUGAUCGACUUGCAGAAUCGGCCGUCUAUGUCGACUAUGCCACAGAAAUGGCGCUCGAUGUGGCGCGCGACUGCUUGCGGCGCAUCGGUAGCGUUUUUGUGGACGUACCCGUUCUUGCCCUACCCUUGUGGGCCCGUGAGUGCUACCAGCACCUUCAAUACGCUCGACAGGUUGCUAAUGCUAGUUGCGUUCAGGCGCCCAUCGUGCAGCGCAUGCAUGAUUACAUCAAUCGUCGCAACUCGUUUCGUCCCUUUGUCAUCCUGGGCGACUCUGGGAGUGGCUGUCGCGAAGCCGUGGCUCAAUUUGUGACCCAGAUUGUUGAAGCAGGCAACGAGAGUGACAGCGUCAUGCUGGUUCGCUUCGCAGGCCUCACCUCAAUCGCCGAUAGUGUGACCCAGACGCUACGCUCGCUCUUAGAGCAGGCUGCCGCUGCGCUGGGUGCCCUCGAUACGGACGAGUUUCAGAACAUGGCCUCCAUGGCGGUGGCUGAAUGCUUCCUGCGCCGCCUCACUGCAGCAUGCACCCUGAAGCGACCCGUUGUGGUGGUGCUUGAGGACGUUGACCAAUUUGUUGAUGAGCCCUUCAAGGAGGAGGAGCGAGCCGGCUUAUCCUCUUGGCUCUCUGCUCAAGUGCCUCCAGGUAUCAAAAUCAUUUUGACGGCCAAGCCCAACGGCCCCGCGCAUCGCCAACUGGCCACCUUCUUGAAGGAUUCAGACUUUUCUUCAAUGGAUACGUUGUCCCUCGACGAGGCACAACGCCUCCUCAGCCACUCCCUGGCCCGUUCACAUCGCACCGUGACCGCAGAGCAGCAGACAGCCCUGUCCAACGCACUUGAAGCCGCUACCCAUCGCGAUCCCCUCUUUGUGACCAUGCUUGCCGAUACGGUGCGCACUGGCUCUGCCCACAUUCGUUCCAACAGCAAGCAAUUUCCUCUUCACGUGCUAAGAGCCAUUCAGAGCGCGCUCAAGCACAAUCUGCACGCAUCGACGGAUGGCGUGUGGCGCUUUACUUAUUCACAAUUUCACGAAGCGGCCAUUGCUCGAUAUGGCCAGGACCUGCCAGCGCUUCAGCGACACAUGGCUAUUGUAUUGCGCGAUCAUCUGUUGAAGCAAAUUGCCAUAUCAGAGAAAGUAUCUGCCUUUGAUCGCCUCAUCUUGGAAGUGCCGUGGCUUAUGGCCCAGUCCGAACUCAAGGACGAGCUUUUUGCCUUGCUACUUGAGCCGCCGAUUUUUCGCGCAUUGAUUCAGUGGCACUCCAACAGCACCAAUCACCAGAUCGUGCACUACUGGGAGGCCUGCGGUCGUGCUGAGCACGAGCUUGUGGAGGCUUACAUUGCCGCGGCGGAGGGCGCAGCCGUGCCCUGCUCAAGCAUGGCCAAUGGGAUGUGGCCAUUGAUCAGUUUGAAAAUGCUCUCGAAGUUUUGCGCAAGAUUCAGCCGUUCGAUGAGCGAAGUUCGAUUUUGUGCAAUGCGCUCGCUUUCCGACGAUGCUUUGUGCACGCACACUUACCCUCCGGGCCCAUGUUUUGCAGCCUAUAGCUUUGUGCUUAACAACCUGGGGGUAGCAUACAAGCGCUGCGGGCGCUUUCGUGCUGCCAUCGAGACUUUGUCCGAGGCCAAGACCAUCUCUGAGAGUCAAGACAGCUCCGAGGCCAAUUUGGAUUUGGCUACCCAACUCCUCAACAUCGGGCUGUUGCACGGCCAUCUGGGUGAAUAUGAGGACGCUGUGGCCACCAUUUCGCGCUGCGCUGAAAUAUUCAAGCGUUACAAGGGCGAGAGCGUGGCCUACUCCAACACCAUGUUCAACCUAGGCGUCUUUCAUUCGGCUGCCAACAAUUAUGCCGCGGCCUUGCCCGCCUUCACAACGUCGUGGCAAAUUCGCUGCAAAUUGCUUGGCCCGACACAUAUCAUGGCCACCCGCAGCCGCACCUCGCAGAUUGGUGUGCUUGUUCAUCUGGGCCAACACGAAGAGGUGCGCUUGGAGGCCGCCCCACACAUAUUUUUGUGCCUCUUGCACUAG